UGUCAACAUUUUGCUCAUGUCCUCUGUGGGAGAACUCCUAAGAACAUGGAAGAAACUGCCAAAAGCUGAAAAUCUGCCAAGCAUUUGCCUCGAGAGUGUUAUUCUCUCUCCCAGUGUGACCUACAUCCGCUGGAAAGUGCACGAGGACUGGGUUACACAGCUGAAUUACUAUGACUCCAUUAAAGCUGUGAUUUCUACCUCCAGCCAUGAGUUGACAGCUUUAGUAAUAGGGUGCACUGUUGGAGCUACUAAUGUUGAGCAGCAGAUGAAAGAAAUACAGGAGCCUGGGAAAGGCUCAAAAGGAAGGAAAGGGCAAAUGGCAAUGGGAUCUCCUCCAAGGAGAGCCGAAGGGGAUCAAACUGUGUUCCGAGUCCACAAAGGAGUAAAGACAUUUGCAUUCAGUAAGAGAAACAACCUGCUUGUGACGGGGGGAAUGGAUCGAGCCAUCCGGCUGUGGAACCCCUACAUGCCCAGCCGAUGCACAGGCAUACUCAGAAGCCACACAGCACCAAUCUUUUACCUCCACAUAUCUGAAGAAGAUGCUAAGAUAAUAUCUGUGUCCACAGAUAACACUGUUAAGAUUUGGGAUGCUGAGGACCAGAGCUGCUUGUUUUCAGCUUGUUCAAAAGCAAGUGGAAUCAAGGGCAAGCUCUCUGCUUGCCUCUAUGCGCCUGGCACACAAUCACUUUAUGUUGCUGCAGAUACACUUGCUCUCCUUUACCUAAAAUUGAGGCCUCUGCCAGAGCACCGCUUGGUAGUUUCUCACGUGGAGCCCGUUCUGUGCUGCAAGUAUAACAGAGCGUUCAGGCAGGUGGUGAGCUGCUCGGAAGGAUCUACAGUUAAAGUGUGGGAUUUUGAAACAGGAAAGCAGUUAUUUGAGUUCACCAGGGCCCAUGGAGACGCAGCAAUUACCUGUUUGACUUUUGAUGGCAGUGGAAGAAGAUUGGUUACAGGAGGCCGAGAUGGAUGUUUGAAGAUAUGGAAUUACAAUAACGGGCACUGUCUGAAUACUCUGAAGAGGGAAGGAAAGUGUGACGAGAUCUGUGACUGCACCUAUGCGGUGGUGAAUAGGAGCAAGUAUAUCGUAGCUGUUGGAUGGGACAGAAGAAUAAACGUGUACUUUGACUGCACAGAGGAGCUUCAUCAUGUUCAGAAACCUCAGCCCUUUUGGCAGGAUGACAUAACCCAAGGUCAUAAAGAGGAUAUCCUGUGUGUUGCUUAUUGUCCACCGACUCUGCUCGCCACAGCUAGUUACGAUGGUGAAAUUAUAGUUUGGAACAUGAACUCUGGCUGCAUCUAUUGCAAACUUCACACUCCACUUCCUCUCUACUGA